AUGGCGGCAGGGAGCGGCCCCGGGGCGCGGGAGCUCUUUGCUGAGGGGCUCCUGCAGUUCCUGCGGCCCGCCGUGCGACAGCUCGACCGCCACGUCCACAGCGUCAGGGAGAGCCAGGUGGAGCUGCGGGAGCACAUCGACAGCCUGGCCACAGAGCUUUGCCGCAUCAACGAGGACCAGAAAGUGGCGCUGGACCUCGACCCCUACGUGAAGAAGCUGCUGAACGCCCGGCGCCGCGUGGUGCUGGUCAACAACAUCCUGCAGAACGCCCAGGAGCGGCUGCGGAGGCUGAACCACAGCGUGGCCAAGGAGACGGUGCGGAGGAGAGCCAUGCUGGAGGCCGGGGGCUACCAGGGCAAGUGA